AUGACAUGUUCAAAAAUUUUCUCAGGAGAUUUACCUGAAUUAACAUAUGGAGUUAUAAAAUAUUUCCAAAAUGAUUUUUCAACUUUACAUUCAUGUAUUUUAGUUAACAGAUUAUGGUGUCGUUUAGCGAUUCCAUUAUUAUGGGAAAAUCCAUUUUCAAUUUCUACCACAAAAUAUAAAUUUAUUGAUAUUUACUUUCAUAAUUUAAAUAAUGAAUUUAAAACGAAAUUAAAUGAAUAUAAAGUUAUUAAUAAUUCAUUAACUUCAAAUACAUUGUUCAAUUAUCCUAUGUUUUUAAAAUAUUUGAAUAUGUUGAAAUUUAUUUCUUCUGUUAAAAGUUGGUUGAGUACUGGUGUUAAAACUUCAUACUCUGAAAGUAAAUUUCAUUCAAUAUGGAUUGAUACAUGUGUAUCACUAUUUAAAAUAUUUAUUGAAAACGAAGUAAAUUUACAUACUCUUGAAAUUGAGUUGCUAAACACAUAUUUAGAUAAUAUUACUGAGUUAAUUUUAAAAAAUAUAAAUUCCAUUCACAAUAUUAAAAAUUUAGACCUUCAUAUUUUAAAUAGCAAUGAAAAUAUGCUUAAAAAUCAUAUUUCACAGAUGGUUAAUUCACAAAAUAACCUCAAAAGAAUGUUAUUUAGUACUAACGGUCUUCGUUUAUGGCAAUCAUUAUUAUUAUCAAAUGAUUAUAAUUGUUCAAAUACCUUAAAUACAAUCAUUUUCUAUUAUGUCGAUUUUAAAGGAAUAAUUAAUCUUGAUAAAACAUUUGAACAAUUAAAUGUUUUAGAAUCCAUUCAUAUCGUUAAUUGUUCUUCUUUAAAUGCUGGUUUUACUCAACAAAUUAGUAAUUUAACCAAACCAUUUAAAUUAAAAUCUUUAUUUAUAAAUAGGGUAUCAAAAAUUGAAUCAUUACAAAUUGAAUCAUUACAAAUAUUAUUACAAAAAUCUGGUGAUUACUUAGAAAAUUUUGGCUAUGAUCAUGGAUAUAAAUGUGAUUUAUCAUUAAAACAACAAUUAUUAGAAUUAAUUACAAAAUAUUAUAAAAAUGCAAAAUUUCUUUGUUUGUUUAGUUUUGAAAGUCAAAUGUCUUUUGAAAUAUUCAAAUUAGUUGAAAAUAUUAAACAAAGUCUUAAUUAUCUUUCAAUCGGUUUAUCAAAGCCUAGUUUAACAGUCGGAGAUUCUACAAUUAUAUUACAAAAUUUAGGACAAAUCCUUCCUUCUAAACUAGAAUUCUUAAGUUUAUCUCUCGAUUUUAGAGAAAAUGAUUUUAGAGUAUUUUUAGAGAAUUCUCAAAAUACUUUUAUUAAUAAAUUGGUAAUAAUGCAAAGUUAUAGUGAUAAUAUUACAUAUUGUAUAAAAGAAUUUAUUAUGAAGAAGAAAAGAGUCAAUUAUUUAGCUAUUAGACAUAUAAAUAGCGAUUUGUCUGAUUUGAAAGAUGAAGUGAGUGAAUUUAAGUUAUAUAAUGUUGAAGUCCGAAAUUAUCAUGAUUUACAUUUAAGUUUUAAUAUUUAUUCUUUAAUAAAGAAGAUUGAUUAUUUAUAA